CGAAUAGAGAGCCAGUCCAAGAGCCAUGGCCCAUGGUAAUCUCCAAUAAGCUAUCUAGAGUAUUGAACCUGGUAUACAGAACUCGAAAAUGGCGAGCGGUGGUGGUGGCAAAGUCUCCUUCAAAGUCACUCUCACCUCCGACCCUAAGCUCCCUUUUAAAGUGUUUAGCGUACCAGAAGCAGCCCCCUUCACCGCUGUUUUGAAGUUUGCGGCGGAGGAAUUCAAAGUGCCUCCUCAGACCAGCGCGAUCAUCACCAAUGAUGGCGUUGGAAUCAAUCCUCAGCAAAGUGCAGGUAAUGUCUUCCUCAAACAUGGUUCAGAACUACGCCUGAUCCCGCGGGAUAGGGUUGGAGCUUUCGGGCAUUGAAACUGCAUAUCAUCCUCGUGGAGUUCGUCCAUCGGGGUUAAAAAAAAAAAAAGUGACUGAAGAGGCAUGUUUUUACCUUUUCUGGUUAUGUUGGGUCUAAUCAUGUGGUAUCUAUUCACAAACUGGAGGAAUCUUUUUGUUCUUUUGCAUUUUCUGCACAUCAUAAUAACUAGUGUAACUGAUAUCAUGAGCUUUAUAAUGCCGCGUAUAAAGUGGCUAGAACAAGAAAAAUAGAUAAUUAUGAGUAUAUAUAAACGAUUAGUAUUACUGGAUUACUUGCU